UAUAUAUAUAUACAGAGAGAGAGAGAGAGAGAGAGAGAGAGAGAGAGAGAGAGAGAGAGAGCAUGAUUAACAUAUAGAUGUUUUUAGAAUGAACCUGGUUAUACGAAAAGAAUAUUGUCAGUCGAAAGUGAAUAGAGGGAAAAUUCUCCCGGGAAAUAACUUAUAACUUGGUUAGUAUACAUGCAAGUGCAGGGACGUAGCUUGGGGAAGAUAAAUAUGGAAGCAGAAAGGGCAGGGGGUUGGGGGGCUGCCCUAUGGCCCCAAAUGGGUCCAGGGCAAAGGCCUGGUUGGGCCCAGGAGGCGAAGCCCCCGAAAGCUGGUGCAUUUUAGACAAUUAAAAAAGGUAUUUUCAAAGUCUCCAAUACACAUAUUCUUUAAUUUUACACCCAGGCACAUAGGGUAAGGACAUCGUAACUUCCUUCAAUUAAAAAAAGAUUAUCCAUUCAUUUUAACUUGACUUUAAAUUACUUCAUUUUUUACGCAACAAUGUGGAAGCACAUACUUCCGUGUUUCAUAGGAAGCUACGCCACUGAAGUGGUCUACCUUCUGCAAUCUACAUGUAUUUUGUGACUUUCCAUUUAUGAAGCCCGACUCUGAGAUGCCUUUACUGUCCUGUUUCAUUUCUACAGUGUAUUGAAAUAAGAUAUGCUAAAUUAAUUGAAUAGAUAUUGUUAAAUUGAGGGGUGGGGGUUAAAGUUUUUAUUACUAGUAAUAUCCUUGUGAUGUUUAAAUCGUUUUUUUUUCUCUUCUCAUGUUUCAUUAAAAUACGAGACAUCAAUUUCAUUUAGGAACUUGAUGACCUGUUUCGGGAACAUUUUGGGCUCCAUCAGGGUGAACGUGAUAGCUAUACAUGUAGUGAGGAUGAAGGUUCAGCAAAUGAAUGCGAUCAGCAGGAGCUAAUUAUGUCUAGAAUUUCACAGUAUUCAGAGAUUGAGAAUAGUGUUGUACAUGACAGUAAUGACGAAAAUACUGAAGUGGAAGAUGAAUUUGUGUGCAAUUGUUCUAGUAACUGCUUGGAUAAUUUUUUGAAAUCAGAAAUUACAGACCACAUUUACAGACUGAGGGAAAUGACAAAAGAGGAAAAAGAAAUGUAUAUAAUGGGUUCGAUAAAAAAGGUUGGGAACAAGAAAGUAACAUCCAAACGAAAGGAACGCAAACGUGCGAGAUAUGAGUAUAGUUUUGAAAGUCAGGCAAUCUGUAGAAAAGCAUUUCUCAUCGUAUAUGAUACAACAGAAAAAGUUUUAAAAAAUAUUGCAAAACAUCUUGAUGAUCAUGGAGCUGUUCCACGAGAGCACGGAAAUAAAGGAAAAAAACCGGUUCAUGCUCUACAAUUCGAGGAAAUACAACGUGCCAUAAUGUUCAUAACUAAUUAUGCUGCUGAAGUGGGGAUGCCACAACCAGAAGCCCCCAGAGGAAGUGACGGUAUUCCUCCUAUCUAUCUACCCUCUUCUGACACCAAAAAAGCAAUUCACCAGCGAUACAACACUUCAUGUCAAGAGACAGGAGUUCGUGCUCUGCGAAUAUCAUCUUUUGAGGAUGCAUGGUUGAAAUGUGUUCCACACAUAAAGAUCAGCAAACCCAGGGAUGACGUUUGCCAGAGAUGUGAGUGUUUGCGCAAACAAAUUAUUGAUGCCGUGACUGAAGAAGAGAAGCUAGCAGCUGUUGAAAAUUUUCAAAAACACAUAGCAGACGCAAAGAAGGAAAGAUUGCAUUAUAGGAGCUGCAUAGAAACUGCAACAAAUGAGAUGGGGAGGUGGGAGGGAGGAGAACUAAAUAAUGUGCACUACCCAUUCGACUUCGCUCAGCACUUCCAAUUACCACAUCACUCUCGCCAGAUGGGUCCUACUUACUUUGCACAGCUCCGCCGGGUCCAAGUAUUUGGUGUGAGAGUCGAUAGUGUGUCAAAACAGUUGAACUACAUCAUAGAUGAAGAUCAAACAAUAGGAGCGGAUGGAACACUGACAAAUGGGCCAAAUGCAGUGAUCAGCAUGUUAGACCACGCCCUUAGUGAGCAUGGAUUUGGAGAGAUGACCUGUUCACUUCACGCAGACAACUGUUCUGGACAAAACAAAAACCAGUAUGUACUAGGUUAUUUAUGUUGGCGAGUUAUGACUGGUCGUCACAGUGACAUCAAUUACAGUAUGCAGAUUCCAGGACACACCCGGUGUCUUGUAGACAGUGGUUUUGCCCACAUUCGUAAGCUCUUCCGAAGGUCAGACGUUGAUUCCCUAGGCCAGUUCCAGACGCUAGUCAAUAAAUCUUCAGUUUCCAAUGAAGCAGUGCCUUAUGGAGAUGCAUGGAAUUGGAGAGACUGGAAAACCUUUCUCUCCACUUAUUACCGAGCGGUUAAAGGCAUAAGGAAAUACCACCAUUUCCGUUUUACAUCAGAGGAACCAUGGAAUGUUUACAUCAAGGAGCGUGUCGACUCUGACGAGAAAAUGGUUUUCUUGAAAAAGAAUGGAUCACCUUCAUUUGAUGCCGCAGCACUACCAGAAAUUCUUCUUCCUGUCGGACUGACGAGGGAAAGGCAGCAGUAUUUAUACAGAAAUGUACGGCCUAAUGUACGACCUGCACACCAAGAUAGUCUGUGCCCUACACCGUCGGAAGAAUAG